CGUCGGUCGUCAGUGUUACUAGUAAAACUGUUGGUGGAAGCCACCCUUAUUUGAGUUGUGCGAGUGCAUCGGCGUUUCGAUGGCCUUCGUUCGAAGCGAGAAAAAUGCGUAUUGAGUGACAUGAAACUUGUGUCGUGUACGAAAUCGAAUGGUUCCUAUUGUAAAUGUGCGAAACGAUAUCCACAUAUUGAAUAAUCGAUUGAAGAUUGAGGAUUGACGGUGUGUUUUACUUCCAAUUUGGUGAAAAGAGAAAUUUGCAUGUUUUAAAUACGUGGUGUCGAUGUGCGAUUCUAUGAACGCCAGCGAAAUUGCUUGUUAGUGUUGAUCGUAUAGGCUCUCGUUUUUCGUAGUGAAUCAUGUAAUGAAUCAGUAAUCGUAGGUCAUCAUAAAAAGCAUGCAAUAGGGAAAUUGCAGAUCUGAAUCAUAUGUGUUGAGGAUUCAUUAUACUCGAACUAUAACAACGUGCUCGAAAUUCUGCCGAGGUUAUAUGCCGGUACAGCUCACCGUGCAAAUUAGUUCCAAUUGAGACGAAUCGCCGAGCAAACAUUUCCACUUAAACCAAGUGAACCGAGUUAAAAAAAACAUAAAAAAAUGAGUGCUCCGCCAGCUCCGUACGCACCGUAUCAUCCGGCGGACGAUAAAACCGGCGGAUACGCCCCACAAUACCUACCGGCGGAUCCUCAGGGCGGUUACCCACCAGGACCGGGUCAUGCGCCUUAUCCACCGGGGCCACCAAUGGGAGCAUAUGGAGCUUACUACUAUUUUCAGCCUGCGCCCUAUCCUCCGGGACCUCCAGCGCCUGGUAUGAUGAUGCCUCAGCCCCAACAGUACGCCCCCGCGCAGCCAUACGGAGCCUAUCCCCCGCCGGUAAUGGUGCAGCCUGGGAUGCCUGGUCAGCCACCUCCGCAAGUAGCACCAGCCGGCGCUCCACAAGCAGGUGGCUGGAUGACUAUUCCGCAAGGAAUACCGAAUUGUCCUCCAGGCUUGGAAUACCUUACGUCCAUUGACCAGCUGCUGGUGCACCAGAAGGUCGAGCUGCUCGAAGCAUUCACCGGUUUCGAGACGGCCAACAAGUACACCGUCAAAAAUACCCUCGGCCAGAAGGUGUACUGGGCCGUGGAGGAUACCGAUUGUUGCACCAGAAACUGCUGUGGCCCCGCUCGGCCAUUCGACAUGAAAGUGCUGGACUACUACCAAAACGAGGUGCUGCACUUCAAUCGACCGUUGCGUUGUUCGUCCUGUUGUUUCCCCUGUUGUUUGCAAACGUUGGAAGUGUCGGCACCACCCGGCAAUGUGAUUGGAACCGUUGAACAGGACUGGUCAAUCUUUACGCCCCAGUUCAGCAUCAAGGACCAGUCUGGCAAUACAGUGCUUCGAAUCGAAGGGCCUUUUUGUACGUUCAGCAUUUGUGGUGAUGUAGAAUUUAAGGUCGUUGCUACUAACGGUAGUCAGGUCGGUAAGAUAUCAAAACAAUGGUCAGGUUUCGCUCGCGAAGCAUUCACUGAUUCGGACCACUUCGGGAUCAAUUUUCCUAUGGAUCUAGAUGUUAGGGUCAAGGCUACUCUAUUGGGAUGUCUGUUUCUGAUUGAUUACAUGUUCUUUGAAAAGUCUGGCAACAAAGAAUCAGACCGUCCAGGAAUGUUUUAAAGAAUAGGAAAAUCAUUUCCUUUAAACUGUGACCGUAAUGUGCUUAACGUGGUGUACCGACAACUACUUCUUAAUAAAAACGAUGAACGUAUCUACAAACGAUUGCAAGGAAUUCGAUAAUACCUGCACUGCAUAUAUGAUGGUAAACUAAACAACAUUGUUGUCUAAGCGCAUAAUUAAAUCUGUUCAACGUACGUACCUUAUUCUACGAGUGGCAUAAGUUGUGGUCUUAUACACCUACUGCAGUCUCAUGCAAUCAAUGCACAAAGGAGUAAAUAGUCCGACAAUACCACUACAAUGUUGCAUCUGUUGUUGGAACAUCGAAUGCUUUAAAAACAAAUCAUAGCACAACAUUUUAUACUCUCUUGUUAUCUUCCAUUGCCACUAACAUAAGAGCAUCGUUUUGAUAUUGGAUGUCAUCUUCGUAACUAUUAUAAUCUUGAUGAAAAUACACGGUAAUGUAAUGUA